GCCUCGGCCGGAGUGUGCGGAGAGGAGCUUUAUAGAAGAUACCUUCGCAAUCAAGUUCUUUCUUAUAAACGCCACUUACCAAACUGUUUCUUGACUCUAUCUCUCGACUCGCCCCCACCGAUACUUCUAAGGCAAUCAACAUGAUGUACUCACUGAUCGUCUUCUGUUGCACGUUGGUCGCGUGCCAAGCACAAUACGGCCCAGCAGCCGGUUACCCAGGUGUGCCAGCGAAUUUCGGACCGCCAGCGCCGACCGGCCAGGACGGUUCGGUAGUCGACACACCCGAGGUAGCUCAAGCAAAGGCCGCCCACUUUGCCGAGUUCGCUCGCGCUGCAGCGAGAGCCGCUGAGGACAGAAGUCAAGACAGCGGCGCUUACGAUCCGUCUGCCUAUCAGGCAUCUCAGCAGCCACAAGCUCAGAACUUUGCUUACUCUGGUCAACCAGCCAGCCCGUCGGCAGCCUUCGCUCAUGCCGGAUACCAGCCAGCUACGCUGCAAUACAAACCAUCGCCAGCCUACCAGCAGCAAUCUCACUUCGCACCCGAAGCCAAGGCUUUCUCCAUCCCAGCUGGCGCCAAGGCACCCUUCGUGCCCGCUCCUCUGGCCGAAGAUGGCACUGUCGUCGACACCCCCGAGGUAGCUGCUCUCAAAGCCGCUCGUCUGCGCGAACUCGCCGAUGCCGAAGCUCGUGCCUACAAAUACGCUGGUCCCCAGGACGAGUACUCCGGCGAACAAGGUCAAUAUCAAGCUGGACCCCAGCCCGCCCAAUACCAGUCGGCAGCACCAAGCAUCCCCAGAUCUUUCCCCGGUGCUCCAGGUGCCUACCCUGGUGCACCCCAAGGAUUCGGUCCUGGUGCUCCCACUGGAUUUGUCCCAUCUUCACGCUCUUACAAUCCAGCUCCAGCUCAGCCUCAGUACCAACCUCAGUACCAAACUCAGCAGCCACAGAGCUACCAGUCGCAGUACUAAUAAGUGACAACGAUCUCCUACACACACAUAAGUGAGAUUUCGAUGACUUUACAUCUCUCUCUAUAUUACUGCGUUAAUACUUGUAAAUAAUUUAGGCCGAUAAUAAAUUUGUUUUUUAUAAAUCAAAUAAAAUUCGUUUGCUUUAUGAGUUCAUAAUGUUCAUAUCUGCAAGUACGCUGUUAUAACGGAACAACAUGUUUUUCUAAAACUGAUGUGUGCUUAGAUAUUUCGUUCAUUUCUUUUAUAGCCGAUUGUGAUUGUGGUGCAUACGUAUUUUUUCUUCUUUUUUAUACUUUUUUUGAGAAAUUAAUUAUGCAAUAUUAUAGUUUUCGAGACUGUGCGUCAAACCAUUUCCACGUAAAAGCGUCACAUUAUUGUUUUCUUUUUGUACUUUGAAUAGCAAAUGAUAUUACUAUAUUUUUCUUCACAUAUAUUGAGCUAUUGUAGUAUAAGAACACAAAUGUAUCGCUGAUGUUGGAUGCUGUAUAUUGUUUAUCUGUACGAAUACAUACUUCUCUGUUGAAAUAAGUUACUUUUAUGCAACGAUGUACUUAUAAUUCAA